AUGUCCCACACCCACCGCCAGUCCAACGCCUCGGCGGUCUCCAACGCGCCGACGGAAGCGCGGAGCAUCACCGACUGGCUGCAGGACCGGCAGUCGUUCCGCGAGUGGUUCAAGCAGCAGCAUAUCGUCAAGCACCUGUUCCGGAAGUGGGACGAGAUGCGGUACCGGCGCAAGGUGUUCUCGGACGCUGAUUUUGGCGCGAGGGAGUUUGGUAAUGUUUGGCGGCAGUUGCUUACCGACUCGAAAGCCGUCCGCUCCGACCCAAUCAUCUCUGCCGACCACCAAGUCUCCCUCGUCCUCGGGCUGAUCGACGCGUGGGAGAACGGAAACUACGAGUUCAACGACAAGAACAUGUCGCGCCUCAUGCGGCUGUACAAUGAGUUUGUGGAUUCCGUGCAGAGCUUUGCGCUCGACGCGGGCGGCGGCGCGCGGUUGAUGGCGCGGGAUAUUCGGCUCGUGUAUAACCUGCCGCCUGAUGCCCCCAUCGUCUCCGCGGGCGGCUCCGCCGAACGCAAAGUAAUGGCCUCGCUCUACCGCAAGCGGCACGAACGCGUAACCAAGGCCCUGGCGACGAGCUACGCGUACCGGCGGCGCGAGGAGCUGACGCUCGAGACGCACAUUCCCGACUUUCUCGCGUUCGGGCACCUGCUCGACCUCGUCAGCGUCGUCGAGCAGGCCGACAUCGAGGGGGUGCUCGACCCCGUCGCGCUGUUCCCCCCGGGAUGCUUCUUCCCCAACCAUUACUAUGUGCGCGCCAACCUGCACUCGUGGAUCGAUAACAAGCAUGAUGUCGGCUACACGGGGUUGAUGGAGCUCUCGGCGUGGCGGGACACGCUGGAGCGGCCGGACGAGGGGCGCACGCCUCAUCGCCGUGGGAGUAGUGUUGGGUCCCGGAGCGCGGCAUCGGCGUCGUUUUCGUAG